AUGGCCGCCGUCGAUCCAACAUACCCCCUAUACCCCAUCGCUUGCUUCCUGUCUUCAGCAAUGCUGCUGCUUGUACUUUUGACAAGCUUCAUCCGGCAAAGCUGGAAUCUUGGCGUCGCUUUCCUGUGCUUCUGGCUCUUCCUCGAGAACCUGACCGGUGGUAUCAACGCCAUCAUCUGGUCCGAUAACGCCGACAUCAAGCUAUACGUUUACUGUGAUAUUGUUUCGCGUCUCAACAUGAUCACGUCGAUUGUCAAGCCCAUGGCGACCUUAAUCAUAUCGCGCCGAUUAUAUCUCAUCGCCCGUCUGCAGUCCGUGGAACCUCUCGACAAAGCUGCGAAACGCAAAGAACUCGCAAUAGAGUGGACUCUUGGUCUAGUGAUUCCUCUCGUGGUUGCAGGACCCCUCUACUACGUAGUUCAGUGGCCUCGAUUUCAAGUCGAGGAAGGUUUUGGAUGUGAUAAUUCUUCCGACGGUUCAAUCCUCAAAAUCUUGCUUCUCGAUUCAUGGAAUGUAGUCCCUCCCCUGGUAUCCAUCGUUAUCUACUAUCCUCAUGUCGCUCGACUCUUCCAUCGCCAAAGUCGGGACAUCAACCAAUUCCUGCAGAGUAACGACUCUGUGUCUCGAACCAACUACUUCCGCAUACUCGCUCUCGCCAGCAUCGAUAUUCUACUCACUUUGCCCGUAGGCAUCGCGAAUAUCGUCUUGGAGGUGGAAGAGACUUUGCCUUACGGCCCUAUCCCAUUCUACUUUGGUUGGACCUACGACCACACGGACUGGCACCCGGAGAGCUUCUCCUACGCAGAUCUAGUGGCACAAGGAACUUCAAGCGUAGCAGGGGCUUAUUUCACCCAAUGGACUUCACCCAUACUCGCAUUCGCCAUCUUCGGCCUCUUCGGCGUCACCUCGGAAGCCCGCGCAUUGUACUGGCGCGUCAUCUGCACCAUCGGCGGCUGGUUCGGCUGGGAACCGACCCCUCGAGCGCGCAGGUCGCGUUCACCGCUGGGAGACAUCGAGUUCGGCGAGCGGCCAGCUCAGAACUCGUUGUCGCUCGGUCUCGACUCGAAUCCGAGCUUCAUCAAUCGCAACGCACAGGCGCAGGAGCGUACACCGGGCGAGGUGGAGAGUGGCGCGGACAAGGAGAUUGAAGAGGUCCGUCGGAGCACCGACGGUGCAGUUAGAGAUGCCGAACAGUCCGGAUAUCAGGAGUCGCACGGUGCUGAAGCGGUAGACGCCUCGAACGCCGUGUGA